AUGACUGCUGUUCGUCCAAAGCGAGGAAGUGUCGCGGCGUCACUUUGGCGAAUUUUCCUAUCGUUUUAAACGUCGUUAUUUGCAUAAGUUUUACAUACGCACGUUCGAGAACGUUUGCGCCGAGCGCGACGAGUGAAAGAUGCCGCUCGUCGAGCGACUUCGUCUCGACGAGAUCGUCACUUCGUACCCGGAGCUCGGACCGACAGCUCCAGAUGGCGGAUACUCGUGGUUGGUCCUCCUAGGUGUUGCCUUCAUUCAGAUCACCGUGCCCAGCGUCCUGUCGAUGUACGGCGUAGUGUGGGGAUACCUGGUCAUCAACAGUUCAUUUGACAGCGAUAUAUGGAACGAAGUCACCCUGGCGCCUCUACUGUUCGUCGCUUUUUGGAGCUUAGCAGACCCGUGGACCAAGGCCAUCACGGAUCUGGCGUCGAUACCACGGCUGGUCGGCCUCAUCGGCGUGGGCCUUCUCGCCACGGGUGUCAUAGCCUCCGGUUACCUGGCGACCGGCGGCGUGGGCGCGUACUUGGCCGGCUUGAGCGCCGGUGCGGUGAUGGGGAUAGGGGCGAGUUUCGUGAUCGUCGAGAGCGAGACCGUGCUGCGGAGGCACUUCCGGGUGAGGCUGCCGUUGGCGCUCACGCUGAAGAACAUCGCCACGUCCGUCGGCUUCGUCCUCGUGCCGACGCUCGCGCACUUCCUGCUCGCGGAGACCGAUCUCAAGACCGGGCUCCUGCUGAUGACGAUCGCCUUCGUCCCCACCGUCUUGGGCACCCUGACCUUGCGCUUCCCAAUUCCGCGGCGAGCGUCUCCCUACAGAUUGCUUCUGGCCGACGAGGAUAACGAAUUGGGCAUCAGACUGUCCCCGGACAGAGAUACGGAGAUGUCGGAUCAACGGGACAACGUCGGCGCGGAUAACGUCGGCUACGACAACGGCGACAAGCAGGACAGAAACGCUGCGCCUCUGUUCAGCGAGGUGAACAGCAUCUACGCGUAUCAGGAGCUGGACGAGGACGUCGAGCUCUUCGUCAAUCCGGCCGUGCGAACGGGCGACAAGUGGAAGCAGGAGUUCCGCGUGGCUCGCUACUUCAGAUUCUGGGCGGCCGUGGUGACGUGGAUCGGGAUGAGGGCCGGUUCGCUCUUCUUCUGGAUUCUGGUACCCGCUCUGUACCUGAAGCGAGCGGAGCUGGACGAUUAUCACAUGGACGACUGGGCGACGUUGCUGGUGAUCGCCGGCGUCGGUUCCUUCGUACCCAGCGUCGCCAGCUACUGGUCCAUCGUCACCACCGCCCAGUACAGAAGAAUAUAUUUCGGCGGCGCCUGUUGGCUCGGCAGCGUUAUUCUGUUAAAUUUAACAUAUACGUAUGACUACUACUGGUUUCAAACGUGGUCGCUCCUCGGCGGAAUCAGCAUCAGCAGUCUACUCGCCUGCCAAGACUUGACGCUCUGCGACGUGCUGGGGAAUCAAUUUGCGCAUCGCUCGCACAAACUGUUCUCCACCAUUGUCGGACUGGGAGUGUUGGCCUUCUGCUUCGUGCAGAGUGAGAACGUGUGCCUGGGCGUGGCCGCGCUACUGCAGUUCCUCGGCGGAUGCUACUGGAUCGUGCCGCCCGUUUGGGAAAUCGUACGAGCGCGGAUGCUGAGAGAGGGCUAACGGAAGUCAUUACAAAAGUGUCAUUACGCUGCGGCCCGUCGCAGAAAUAUUUAACAGAGCGACGAAACUACCGACGAUUUAUUUCUAAACGCCUUUAAAUAAUAGAAAUACUUUUACGAAAUAAUCGUAAGAAGUGUGCUCUCCGUGUAAAUGUAAUGCGAACUAAUCGGAAAUACGUUAUUAUUUAAAUAUCCUCACGCCAUGCUUGUCAAUUCGUUAAAUUGCACAGUUGACUGUGGAUUGUCAAGAAUGCAAAAGGCGAUAUCGUACACGCGACGAGAAGUGCCAGGCUUUACGUUCCUUAUAACUCGAAUGGAGGAGCGAUAGAACGAGUGUUUUUACAUUAUCUACGAUUGUCUACGUGUGAUACCACAAUAAAGUGUCGUGUGUGGAAACUUUUAUUAAAAUAUCUUUCUUAAUAUCCUUGAAGUAUUAACAAUGCACAUCACGGUAUUAUCACACUGAUUACUGUCGAGUGGAGCAUCGAUUGCCCACGUCGCUGAUUGACGUCGUCGAUUUAAUAUAAAAUUUUCCGAGUGAUUGGUCCAAUCGAAGCACCGGUUGCUGUGAGUGGCUGUGAUCAAUUGAUUGCAACGUGGUUGCAAACGGAAUGCUCCCAUUACUGUCUUUAUCUUAUUGACAAAUUUAUUCCAUUAUUUGUAUUUAUCCAAUUCUUUUUACCCGCUUAGAAUACACAUGAUCGUAUAUAUAUUUCUCAAUCUAAACGUCAGUUAUAUGUUACCGGUAUAUACCAAUAUGUGUUUCACAUUUGGAUACACCAAAGAUACACCAGAGAUAGAAUUACAUAUCACAAGAUAAUUGCAAGAUAAACGGAAUGAACGAUAUUCCGUGUCAUCUUGCUAUUUUCCCCACGCAAGGAGGAACAAAGAAUGGAUAUUUAAAAUUUAUAUAUACGUCUUCUGAUCGCAUCUAACUGAUAAUCAAUUACGGCUAAGUAAAAUAAAAUAACAAAUAAUGAAAAUUAAGACUGCCUACGUUUUCCCUCGCGUAUCAUAAGAAUAUGCCACGUUCGUAGUAAUCGCCUAUUUUUUAUUGCGCAUGAUACUUUAAUGCAAUAAAUUACCUAAUUCAUUGCGUUUAUAAAAUUCAUUCAAAUAAGCCAGUUCCUAACUUAUUUUAGGACACGCUAAAUUAUAACGUCAGUAUCAACAAUUGUUAGAAUCCUUUCAAAUGUUUUUUUUUAACUAUUGCGAUAUCGAUAACCGUACAACGGAAUAAAAUAAUAUCGAGAUACAAAGGAUCCUCCGCAAUAUAAGACCUUCGCGCGUAUUCGCAAACUCCAUUCAUGAUUUCGAUUUCUUAUCACCUGUUUAUCAUUGCCAGCUUCUUAAACUACUUAUGCCCGUUUUGGCAACGUAGGUAUAAUGCACGUAUAUAUCAAAUAGAUAUAUAAUAAUUUAAUUAAAACUAUACUUAAAAAGAAUACGUUUAUAUAUACAGAGACGUUCAUCUUCUCAUCGCGAUUGGAUGAUCCGUGGCAAAUGAGAAAAUGACAAGAGAUCGAUGAUAUCUCAAAGUGAAAGCUAAAUAUUAAAA